AUGUCGGCUCACCUCGACGACGCCAAGGCCCACCUCAACGAGCACGGCUGGUGCCGGAUCCCCAACGUCCGCGUGUUCUACCUGCUGGAGCUGGACCCGAUCUUCCGCGACCUGAUCGCGAACCCGACGGCCAACCGAGAUGAGCCUGCCUGGUCUUCCUGGAACCCUGGCAGGACAUCUGGGCGGGUCAACGUCAUCUGGUGCCUCACCGACGUUGAGCCGGGCCAACGGCGCGACGCUGUACAUCCCCGGGUUCCAACCGGUACGUCCGCCGCGCCGACGUUGCCCGCCCACAAUGCGCGAGCUGCUGGUGCCGUUCGAGGGCAAAGGCCGGCCACAUCAUCGUCAUGGACGGCCGCGUCUGGCACACGAGCGGGCGGGGCCAACGUCACGGCGGACCAGGACCGCGCCCUGCUGUUCGGCUACUAUACACGGCGCCCUUCAAUGCGCCAGCCGGUCAACUGGACGGCCAAGCUGCCGCGGGAGAUCCAGGACAUCCUGAGCCCGGAGCUGAAGGAGCGGCUGGGGCAGGGCCCCGUCGGGAACGUCGGCCUGGCCGGUGAUCUAGGGUAUUUGUCGAUGCUGUAUCCUGGGGGGUGCCGUCGCUGCCGCCGCGAAGUGACCGGGUCGGGCCAUAUUUCUCAGUGGAAACUACGGGAACAGGCUGCAUGGUAA